AGUGCGCUUGUAUAUAUACAUUUAGUACAAGUAUGUACUUGUUGAAUGUAUCAGGGAAACUAUUGAUGAAAACGAAAGUUGAUGUGAAAAUAUUGUUUUCCUUAUAUUUCUAGAUCUACUAUUUGUUUGUUUUGUUUAAUUAUGGAUUCCCUCAACUGUAGUAAUAGUACUAUCAGCUUAGCAGCAAAGAUAACAAAAAUAGAUAUUAUCGUCACAAUGGCAACGUCCAUUUUGUCUAUGUGCGGUGCUCUUGCUAUUUUUUUUACAAGUGGAUUUAAAGUUUACCGAGGACGAUCCCUCAGUGAACCUCGAAAAUUUCUCGUGUACUUGACCAUAGCCGACUUCUUCCUAGCUCUUGGUUACUUUUAUGGAGCUGUGCGUUUUUUACGUGUUAAUUCUGCAAACUAUGAGGUAAAGGAUCUGGGUUGCAUUGCACAAAGUUUUGUCACAACAAUGGCUAGUCUAUGUUCGUUUUGGUGGACCUCAAUAAUAGCCUUCAAUUUCUGGUGGACCUAUAUGUGUUAUACGAAUGACAACAGUCUUUUCGGUUCAAUCAACAACUCAACACGAAAAAGAACAUGCAAUGUAAAACUAUGGGUUUAUCACAUAUUAAGUUGGGCAGUUCCGGCUAUUAUUAUUUUCACCGCACUAUUUAAUGGUGCACUCGGAGCGGAUAAUUCAGUUGGGUCGGGGCCAUGGUGUUGGAUUUCUGCUAACAUGACAGUCAGAGAACAAACUAUAUGGAUGGCUGUGUCUGGAAAAGGAUGGGAAAUAUUGAUGUACUUUUCAUGCUUGGGGUUUUACAUGCUUUUCAAAUUUCAUCAAAUGUGGGAAAUAAGAAGACAAAGAAAGAUACAUGCACAAUUCGGGAGUACAACACCUUUGAUAUCGAGGACGAGAUGCUACCAACAAGCGCCCGAAUACAAACUUAGUUUCAUUUUCUUGUGGAUAGUAGAAAUAGUGCUAAGGAUUUCCGGAACGGUUCGGUUUAUAAUGACUGCUCUCAGAAGACAUGCUUGUAUAAGCCCAUCAUCUUAUGAACAUGUCGAUGUCUAUUUGAUGCACUUUCAAAGUUUCGGCGAUUGUGCCCAAGCGUUUUGUUCUUUCCUAAUAUUUUGUGUCUUCAGGCGAUUGUUUCGAUAUAUUCAUAACAGAAAUGGUAACACUAACCUUUUACAAGAAGCUAGUUAAGUUUUUCAAAUUAAAAAAACCAAAUAUAUAUAUUUUAACAAACAACAAAAAUUAUCAAAA